AUGAAAGAGAAUAUGACCCAGGAAGCAAAAAGACCACUGCUCUCAGAGGGAGGGAAACGUCCCUCAUUAGGGGAAGUGGAGGGGAUCCUGCUGCCCCAUACAACAGUGAGUAACUGGGACCAAAUACAGAAAUUCAAGGCCAAGAACGAUGAUCUUCUCAUCUGUACCUAUCCUAAAUCAGGAACAACAUGGAUUCAGGAAAUUGUGGACAUGAUUGAACAGAAUGGAGAUGUAGAAAAGUGUAAACGAUCAGUCAUUCAUCUCCGGCAUCCUUUUAUCGAGUGGGCACGUUCAUCUCAUCUUUCCGGUGUGGACCAAGCCAAUGCGAUGCCCUCUCCUCGGAUACUGAAGACACACCUUCCCACCCAACUGCUGCCUUCAUCCUUCUGGGAAAGCACCUGUAAGAUCAUUUACGUAGCUCGGAAUGCCAAAGACUGCAUGGUAUCCUAUUACCAUUUCCAAAGGAUGAGUCAAACACUCCCUGAACCAGGAACUUGGGAAGAAUAUUUUGAAAAAUUCAUGAAUGGGAAAGUGAGCUGUGGUCCCUGGUAUGACCAUGUUAAAGGAUGGUGGAAGGCAAAAGACAAACACCAGAUUCUCUUCCUUUUUUAUGAGGACAUAAAAGAGAAUCCAAAGCGUGAAAUUCAGAAGGUGAUAAAGUUCAUGGGAAAGAACCUGGAUGAAGUGAUACUGGAUAAAAUUGUGCAGGAAACAACAUUUGAAAAAAUGAAAGAAAAUCCCAUGAUAAACCGUUCUACAGUGCCCAAAACUAUCAUGGACCAAUCCAUUUCCCCUUUCAUGAGAAAGGGAGUUGUUGGAGAUUGGAAAAACCACUUCACUGUGGCUCAAAAUGAGAAAUUCGACAAAGAUUAUAAGAAGAAGAUGGAAGAAACCUCUCUAACCUUUCGCAUGGAAAUAUGACAAUAGUGUGGGUGGUGAUGACAAUGACAAUGAUGAUGAUGAUCGUGAUUAAAAUGAUAAUAUAAUGAUUUAUAUAGCACUUUUAGGUUGGCAAAGUGCUCUGCAAAUAU